UGCACGUGUCUGUGUACGACAGGUAACGUAUAGUGGACAGGGAUAAAGUGGAGAGAUAAUACGUUAACAAAACUACACUGAAAGACAAAGACGAAUGAAUAUUGAUUAGUAGGUAGAAAAACGACAAAAGACGCCUACUUUCGCUGACAGAAUCUGAAGGCAGUUUCCUGGUACCGUGCAUAUAUAGCAUGCAUCAUGGAAUCGGUGAGAGAAUGGCUUAUGCACAAAUGUAAAAUUAAUUCGUUUGACCACUCGACAUCUGGAAACGGAACAGACCUAAAUAAACAACAUUGUGGUGCUCUGACGCCAAACACAAUUCCAGAAUUUGUGAUUCCUAAAUCUGGUGAUUCGUCCCGGAGGCAGAGUUCAGAAUUAGAAUCAAUUGAGGAAGAUGUACCAUUCCGGGGUUUUUCUCCGAGAAAUAGUAUUGCUUCUUCCGGUAAGAAUAGCCCAGGACAUUCUCCAUUGGGAUCGAAUAUAUGCCUUGAUGUGCCUAAGCACACGAUAGCUCGAUCGGUUCCAGCAUCCCCCAAGCACGAAGUUAGAAACAUUGUUUGUCAGGGGAGUACGCAUUCACUGACCUACAGUGACAAUGCUGAAGACUACUCAAACACACAUGUAGACCCUUUGUCAUUUGACGCUAUGUCAUUACCCCACUUCCGGACAAAGACGUCAACAUACGGGUUUACGACGCUCACUCAGUGUCCUCAUACUCGGCGGAAGGAGUCUCUCUUUCAUGCUGGAAGUGAUUCCCUUAUCCCGUACAAACGAACAAACUCGUUCGACGGACUACGGGUGCGCUACGAUAAGGAGUGGCCGCCCUCUUAUUACCUAUCCGAUUCAAAAGGAUUAGCGUAUGACAACAACAAUACUCAGAUGCCUGCCGUGAUCGUCACUCCGUCUGCUGCUACACCGGAGAUGGACGAGGAAACUCCCGUAACUCAACGAUCGCUAUCAGCAAUGCACCUAUCAAAUUCGUUAGAUGUUAACCAUAGCUUGCCGUACUUUAAAUCAAAACUGAAAUACUAUCGGCGACGGUCAUCCUUACUCGACAUUAACGAUGACUCGGAUGAAUGUUCAGAUUCCAGUACCGAUGUAAAGCGUUUAUCAAUGUCGGCCCUUUACCCUUUUCCGAAAGAAUCGCCUUCACUAAAACGACACUCCUCGCCCCAACUUCGGACUUCGAAAGAAAAUUUUGAAAUAUCACCUCUUCCGAAACCUUCCAUUGCAUUCGGAGAUGCCCAGUGUCAGUUUCUUGUACAAUACGGGGAAAUUAAAUUCGCCUUUCAAUAUCUGGCAAAAUCAAAACAAUUAAAAGUGAGUAUUUUAAGAGCCGAAAACUUAGGUGGACACGGAAAAAACGAUAACAACAUGAACGCCUAUGUCAAGGUGUACCUAAUGCCGGGAAAACUACAGAAACAGACUUCCGAUAUAAUUAAGCACACCCGCUGUCCGAUCUUUGAACAGGAGUUCUACUUCACCGGACUAACACUGGAACAGCUGCACGCGAUGACUCUUCGGAUAAAGUUGUUUCACAAGGGACAUAACCUCCGGCUUCCUGAAUUCGUCGGCAAGGUUGAUGUCAACCUAGAUAGCUACGACCUUCUGACCGAGAAUCGGAUGUGGAAGGACUUAGACAUCAAACGAGACAAAGAGGAUCUCGGAAGCAUCGAGAUUUGUCUGAAGUUCCAGUCCAACGACGGUUCGAUCCAAGUGACAGUUGUACAAGUGAAAGGCCUCCCCCAUCACCCAAUCACAGGACACCCAGAUCCUUACAUACGUGUGGAACUCGUACAGCCUGGCCGUUCGGUAUCUAGGAAGACGACCAAAACUAAGAAAAACACUGCAGAUCCCGUUUUUAACGAGAGCUUUGUAUUCAACAUGUCCUUCAAAAGAGAUGAUUUGGCAGGAACUAAACUUACAUUCUCAGUUUACGACCAUGACCGUAUAAGGAGUGAUUACGUAAUAGGACAGGUAAAAUUUUGCGCAGACGCACUUCAAACUUCCGCCAUGGAACACUGGAUCGAUGUGUUCAACAAGCCAGGGAAGGAGGUACAACGGUGCCAUGAACUGCUAGAUCACGAAGACGAUUUUAAAUAACCUAUUGAUGUUAUUUACUAUUCUAUUCCCAACGAAUCAUUGGUGCAAAAUUCAAUCAGUUGUGGCAUUUUACUGUACAAUACCGAUAUAUAUUCUAUCGGGAUCGGAGUGAAGCCUUAUGUACGAUUCAGGAACGGUUGUGUGGUCGAUUAAGGCCGUUAUAGUUUUCAUAUGAUGCAGGAAUAGGCAUUGUGGUGACAUCGAUGGAACAGAUCUUUGAGUUUCUUAGAUUGCUCGUAUAUCCCGGGACUUGUGUGUUGACAACGCCUUCGUUAAACGCAUGGCAGGACAGAUUUCGACUGGAAUUGAUGUAGCAUUCAAUUUUGGCUUGAAUGGUCUGUUUAGUCUGGAUUUGAAACUACAGAGAGCACACUCAAUAUGAUAAUGCAAAUGCUUGUUCCAUGAUCUGUUUUAAUUAUG